AUGUCAGGACUUCAAACACCAGCUAUGUCAGGUGGCUUCAUCAUCAAAGAUAAGCCCGACGGAGAUGCUUUCACAUUACCUCCAGCUGCAUUGAGUCAGGCUGUCAGCCGGAGGUCUUCUAGAUCAGAUCCUUCAUAUGUUCCGCCAUCACCGACCUCACCAGAGCUAUCUGGUCGCCGUACAAGUCACACCUCACGGUCGGGUACAUCUAUCAAACGCCCACUCGAGGAUUUUGAUUUGCCUCCGCCACCAACUAGAACCCGCAAAAUCAUCCAGAUGAAACCAAAAUCGCCUUCAAAGUCCCCCAAGACAAGGGAAACUACCAAGGGCUCACAGAGCUCAGAAGACGCAAUCCCAAACCCAACAUCAACCAAGAGAAAACAACCCAGUGCAACCAGUGCUGCAGGACGCAAGAUCGCCCGCAAGACCGCACACAGUUUAAUCGAGCGUCGACGACGGUCUAAGAUGAACGAGGAGUUUGGGACAUUGAAAGACAUGAUUCCAGCCUGCACGGGGCAGGAAAUGCACAAGCUUGCCAUUCUUCAGGCAAGCAUUGACUACGUCAAUUACUUAGAGAAAUGUAUCCGCGACAUGAAAACUGCAGGAUCAACCCACACACCUGCCGCACCACCCUCACCAACAUCCCCUGACUUCAUCACAGAAACAGGCGCUGAGCCCACGCGAAGGGAUAGUGCAUCUACUUACUCAUCAUAUUUCACAUCUGCAUCACCGGAGGUGGAUACUACACCCACCGAAUUCCCCGAAACAUCCCCAUCUUUCUCCCCUCGCACCCAAGUCCCCUCAGCCCAGAUCCCACAGGAUGCUUCAUCCAUUCUUCCUAGUCCGGCACUGGGUCCGAUAUGGGCAUCGAGCGAGAAGAUGCAUGAGUUUCAGGGUGUUGACCACGAGGCUUCGGCUGCCUUGCUUAUGUUGACUCAGGAUCGGAGGGGGACUGCUGAUUCGAUCAGUGAGAGUUUCUCUGGGAGUACGGCGUUGGCUGUGGCUUUGGAAGAAAAAGAUACACCCGCUGUGCCUGAGAUUCAAAGGAGAAAGGGCAUGAGUGUCCGUGAUCUGCUUAUCUCAUAA